AUGGGCGAUACUGGUUGGGAAGACCCCUUCCGUACCCCUUCUCCCGAUUACGACGGUGACGAUGGCGAAUUAGAUACCCAUGAGCUGCCGGCGGGCAACCUGAUGCAACAGCUGGAUCUGGGUUCGAGGAAGGAGAAUGUCAAUUUCACAGAAACGCCAUUCACCAUUGCCGCUAGAAGGGCGAGAUAUGGGGAUAGUAACAGUAAGAACGGUGCUCGGAAAGAAGAUACGUCCUCUUCGACUGAACCGUCUUCCUCAAACAACCCAACUUCACGCACAAGAACACUUCCUGCGUCAGCCAAACCUCCUGUUCCUACUUCAUCCACAGCCACAUUCAGCAGAACUCAAACCCUUCCGCCAAGGACGAAUGUUCAGCCAAAGGCAAAUGGCAGCAAGAAGAAGGACGAGGUAGUGGAAGAACCAGAAGUGAAAGUAGUGAAGAGAGUGAGAAAUAGUGGAUGGUACGAUCCUCUUGGUAAUCCCAUACCCAAAGAUCCACCCAGGAAGAAGCAGUUGAUGGACAAACUGAGCGAUUUAACGACUGCCCAGGAGAAGAGGAAGCAAAGGAAUCAGAAAGCUGCUGCUACAAGAGCGAGAAACAAAGCUUUGAAGGCCGCGCAAGCGGCUUGGAAGGACCGAGAGGAUGAUAUGAAGUUUGGGAUGCUACCUGCGGGUGCUGAACCGAACGACGAUUACCCCAUCCUUCAAGGUUUCGAAAAGAUGAAAGAUCUGCCAGUCAAGGAUCCAAAGGGCAAAGGGAAAGGGAGAGGGAAGAAUGGCAAGAAUGACAAGAAUGAUGAUGCGAAGCCUACCGCCAGGAUAGGAGCCGAAAUGCUUCAUAUGAUCAUCAGCGGAGUACCCGAAUCAAGUAAGAAAGAUGAGAUGAAAGCAGAAGAGAAUGGUGAUUUCCCAGAACAAAAGGAGAAGGGAGAAGCCCUAUCACCAAGUGAAUUGAGGAAAAAACAACGUGUAAUGAAUCUAGACGAAAUACUCCAAGUACACGCGAAGAAGACUGCCGAAAUGUUUCGUGAUACGAGGGAACCAGAGGUAUCUCGGAUGGCCAGGAAAGAUGUGAUAGAUUUGACAGGUGAGGGCGACAAAUCCAAUGGUAAAUCACAAACGAUCGCCACACCUCUCGACGACGAGGUGAUAUCUUUAGAUCAACCAUCUACGAUUACUCAUCUUUCCUCUUCCACUAUGAGGAAUAUUGAACAAGCGGGGAAUUCAUCUUCCGAAGUACUUCCAUCUAGUUCACCACUGGAUCAAUAUAGCAAGAAACCUGUGAUCUUACUUGAACCCCGGCCCAAACGGGCAGGUGAGCAUUUCACACAUAUUGACGAUGUCGGACUUUUGGAGAAGGAAGCUGGGAGAGUAGCAAAUCAUGGGCAUACAUCCGGCUCUAAAUCCACUUAUCCAAGAAUAAGGGUUGACGGAACCAGUCCUGGUGAAGCUCAUCAAGAACAACUUCAAACCCCUCAAUCUUCUUCCACAUACCGUCAGAAUUCCAUUCGUGUCCUUGCAAAACCAGCACCGCACUCCUCUGUCUUCCCAGACAAUGAUCUCCCCAUCGAAGGUAUGAAACGAUCCCCGUCUCCCGCCAUAUCGAUCGAUGGAAUGGAGAAAGAAGACUGGUCUACAAUUACAAGUCGACCUGGAGCCGGUCCAGCUAAAAAGAAAGCUAGGAAAUCUAACAUAUUCGAAGACCCAACGUACGCUAAUAGAUUUCGGAAACCUAUAAACAUGUUUCCUUCCAGAUCAACUACAUAUAACUAUGCCGACACUCAAAAAAUUACCGAUCACUUACGAACAUCCACCACCUACCCGAGUCUGAACGAUCAUCUUGUAUCUACUAAAUCGUAUAAUGGUGGAAAUACCAAAGUUAAGCUCUUCACACCUAGUAAACCCGAUGAAGAUCAAGCUGAUUCAGGCAGAGGGAUAUUGAGCGGGAAAACCAUCAAAGGUAAUCAAUAUGGUAGUUCUGUGAAGGAAGGAGAUCCGUCGAUCACCUCGAGAUAUAAUGGUACUGACCGAACUCAUCAAGAUGCUAACUUGAACACGAUCAUUCCAAGUGUUUUGAAUGGAAUCUCAAGAUCCGUCACCACUCAUGGUGCUGGUUCAUCCUAUUUUUCGGCAAGAUAUGACCAACCUCAACACAUUCCUCAACCUUUCAACCGAUACAGGUCCAAUGGGACUUCGAGCAAAAUUCCUAAUGGUGAUGGUUCUCAUCAAUUGGUCAAUCGUUUUAGUACUGACAGAAUUGAUCGACCUCAAUAUAAUCACAAUGGGAAUUAUCCACAUCAGAUUCAUGCCAAUCAAUUCUCACGCCCUCAAGCUCCAUCUAUCGGACAUCAGCGAUCGCAAACCCAUUCUAAUGGCUAUCAUCCACCUCAAGUCGAUGUAAAUCGAAAUCAAACUCAUUCCAACGGUUAUCAUCAAGCUCAAGUUGGAUCUGACAUCUUUUACUCUUCUUACCUAGCCAAUCACGUUUCAUAUCCACUGAAGAACACUAACAUUCACUCACAUCAUGCGACCGAAGAACAGGAAGAAGAAGAUUGGACGAAAGCUUGGUCAAGAGCUGCUCAACAGAAAUCUCGUAGUCAACAAGGACUACAACUUCACUGA